GUGUAGUGGUGGUAUUGACGUGCGCCGGCAGUGAGGGAUCACGGGGCGCGGGGUUGGGAACGCAGUGUGGGCGUGGCAUGGACGCGCGCGCCGGUGGUGAGGCGCGCUCACACAAGCUGGGAAGAGAGGAUCGUAGCGAGUGCGCAGUGAUUGGUCAGAUAAGUGGGUACUCUCAGCGACGUCCGCAGGAGGGGUAUAAAGGGGGACGCGCGAGAGCACUCGUGGUCAGUGUUAACCAGUUGAAGACCGAAGACGGGGUGGAGGAGAUAGGGGCCCUGUGUGGCUCGGAGCCGAGACUGGGGGGACCGUAGUCCGACGCCCGUGUGGGUCGGGACGGUGGUACCCAGAGCCGAGACGGGCACCCCGGCUGGGUGUGUCCCGGACGGCGACGGGGCGUAAGAGCCCGUGUAGCUGAGUGGGUGUUAGUCACCCGUGUAGCUGAGUGGGUGUUAGUCACCCGUGUAGCUGAGUGGGUGUUAGUCACCCGAGUAGCUGAGUGGGUGUGGGUCACCCGUGUAGCUGAGUGGGUGUGGGUCACCCGUGUAGCUAAGUGGGUGUUGGUCACCCGUGUAACGAAGUCGUAGCUGAGUGGGUGUCCGUCACCCGUGUAGCUAAGUGGGUGUUGGUCACCCGUGUAACGAAGUCGUAGCUGAGUGGGUGUCCGUCACCCGUGUAGCUAAGUGGGUGUUGGUCACCCGUGUAACGAAGUCGUAGCUGAGUGGGUGUCCGUCACCCGUGUAGCUAAGUGGGUGUUGGUCACCCGUGUAACGAAGUAGGGUGUUAGUCAUCCGUGUAACUACAAGUUGGUGAAAAUAAAGAGUGUGCUACCCGUGAAGUCGUCUCCUGCCGAGUUACUACUUUACAACUGGCGUCAGAAGUAAACCUGUCUUCAAGGAGAAAUGGACACAAGGAAGACUUCUCGUUCCCACGUGCAAGACCGGGGAGACGACGACGUACCGGUGACACCACCCUCGGGAGGAGAGGACGAGGAGUUGCCGCCGAUGCAGCACUUCGCGGAAAUGGCCGAUGCUCCGCCCGCCUCCGACACCAGCCUGCAGGACGCACAUUCCCGCCUGGCGGAGUUGCUGCUCGCCGCCGCUGCAAUCUUGGCGGAGAUCUCCGUUCCAGCGGCCGGAGGAACGCCUGCGGGGUUGGAAGAGGCGGCGCGGCUGGAGGGUUCCCGCCAUACGGCGUUUCGCGCCAAAAGUUUGGGAGUUGGCGCCAUUUUUGAGGGCCCGACUCCGCUUGGCGGGAAACGAGGACACCACGUGGCCAGAGGUCUCCACACAGCGCAGCCCGCGUCAUCGGCGAGCGCCGGAGCUCUCCAUUUUGCGCCUGCAGAGGGAGCCGACAUUUUCUACAACCACAGCGGCGCGCGGGAAAAUCGCUCCAACGACGACGACGACGAUCGAGUUCUCCAGCAACGAUUGCCCGCGCUGUCGGUGUUCAAGGCGGACGGGGGCGACUGGGGAGCCUUCCAGCGACGGUUCAUCGCGCAUCAAGAAAUGUCGGGGUGGUCCGACACCACUGCCCUGCGCGCGCUGCCAGCGAUGCUCGACGACGACGCGCUUGCGGCCUUCACGUCUGCCCCGAGGUCGUCCCGCUCCACGCUCCAGGCCGCGCUGCACCUGUUGGCCAAGGUGUUCGGGCCGCCCUCGACCUGUCGCCACCAGUUCUACGAUCGACGGAAGGUGGUUGGAGAAACAACGCUCGCCUAUCGCACGGCGCUGCUCGCCCUGGCAGAUUCAGCUUUUCCCCGUAUGGACAAGGAGGGGAAGGACGCCAUGGUGACGGAGCAGCUGCUGGCGCUGGCUCACGGAUUGGGAGUUCCCAUUAAUACGGCGGACGAGAUGGACAUCUGCUCCCUGGGGAUUGCCACGAGUAUCCACGCUUACGAGGUCCUACAGCAGAAGCCGACGGUCGUCUGCGCAUCGGUGGAGAACGGGGCACCGACCGCCACGAUCAUCGGACCUCAGCCUGCUGUGCCUCGGGAGGAGGCCUUCGCGGGUUCGAGGCCGGGGGAGUGGAGAACGGGCGGUCGUUCGCCCACACGCUCCUCCCGCAAGCUGGAGCAACCGAAACCCACGACGUCCCUCGUCGUCUGCUACAACUGCGGCCUUCGGGGCCACGUCGCGUCGGGAUGCCGGGCCCCGCGUCAACGCACCGCGGGACCACGUCCGGACGACGCCCAGGGACUCAAGACAUCCCAACUGAACCCGGUGUCUCGGACCUGACGGCUGUUGACCGUCGGGAACCGGAACCCCGGGGCUCGCACGGAGCCCCGAUGUCUGUCCCAUGCCUCCCUGAACUGCCGGCGCUGCCGGAUGGCCAACUGCGUCCUGUGCCGUACGACGGUCCGGCAAGGCGGACUCGAUCAAGGACGCAACACUUUUCAUGAAAAAAAAAAAAAAAUAUAUUCUUUUUUUGUUAAAGCCCGACUUCGUUGCCGGCUUCCCCCCCUCUGCCGGGGUAAUGUCCCGUUCAAGGGACGCUCGGACAUUGGGACAUUGCAUGAGUCGGAGAGAAAAGAAGAGAAAAUGAUUAAAGAAAUUUUUUUUUUAUUGUUACUCUUUCCGCAUACACAGUAUCGUUGCCACUCGCCGGAUUGUGCAUGUUGUUCUUGUUGCGGGUGGGGCGGUUGCUGGGUUUUGCGGAUUGCGGUGUUCAUGUUGUGUUAUGUUACGGGGCACACAUGGGAGUGAAGGGGUGUUGUAUGGUUUAUUAGCAGCCGGGUCGGCUGCGAGCUAUGUGGUAGGGGGUGAUGUAGUGGUGGUAUUGACGUGCGCCGGCAGUGAGGGAUCACGGGGCGCGGGGUUGGGAACGCAGUGUGGGCGUGGCAUGGACGCGCGCGCCGGUGGUGAGGCGCGCUCACACAAGCUGGGAAGAGAGGAUCGUAGCGAGUGCGCAGUGAUUGGUCAGAUAAGUGGGUACUCUCAGCGACGUCCGCAGGAGGGGUAUAAAGGGGGACGCGCGAGAGCACUCGUGGUCAGUGUUAACCAGUUGAAGACCGAAGACGGGGUGGAGGAGAUAGGGGCCCUGUGUGGCUCGGAGCCGAGACUGGGGGGACCGUAGUCCGACGCCCGUGUGGGUCGGGACGGUGGUACCCAGAGCCGAGACGGGCACCCCGGCUGGGUGUGUCCCGGACGGCGACGGGGCGUAAGAGCCCGUGUAGCUGAGUGGGUGUUAGUCACCCGUGUAGCUGAGUGGGUGUUAGUCACCCGUGUAGCUGAGUGGGUGUUAGUCACCCGAGUAGCUGAGUGGGUGUGGGUCACCCGUGUAGCUGAGUGGGUGUGGGUCACCCGUGUAGCUAAGUGGGUGUUGGUCACCCGUGUAACGAAGUCG